AUGGCGCUGCGCAACCUGGCCGCUGCUGCUCUCCGUCUUCCACCGCCUGCACUCCGCGUCUCACCUUCGGCCGCCGGCACUCGCACGAGUUUCUACACCACCUUUCAGGGGCGCCCAACCUCUCUAGAAAAGAUGCGGUACGAAGUGAAUCUACAGACACUCGAUGGACUGAAGGAACUUGAGGAACAUCUCAAGAGGCAUGUUCAGAUCCUCGAGUUUGGGAGGAAAUGCCUGAGUUGGUCUUUCAAGUUGCUCAUGCCUAUUCCCAUGGCAGCUGCUAUUCUGAAAUGGGCCAGACAAUAA